AUGCAGAAUUACUCGGACAAUCGGUCGGUCUUGAACGUGCUGUUCCAUCCACAACAUCCCGACAUCUUCGAGUGCGCCUAUGAACGACACAGCAUCUACAGCAAGCAAUGUCUGAUGCCCGGCGUGAUGGUGGAGGUUGUUUAUUUAGGCCUGAAAUGGGCUCUCCCAAAUCUCUAUGCUAUAUAGGUUUUGUUAUAUUGCAAAUUUCAGAUCCUAAGCUUCAUUGCGAAGAAGGCCAAUCUCACGUUGAAAUUGACAAUGGAUUACGACAUUCUUUAUGAUUAUGAAGAUAUUUGCCGACGGCUAAAUCAAGGGGAAAUUGAUGUUUUUGGGAGUACGGUGCGAUCAAUGUCAACGCUGCGGGAAAACUGCGAUCUUUCCGUUACUCUGUACAGCGUAAGCACAAAAUUAAUAUGAUUUUAACUGAUCAGGUUAAACCCUACAUCUUUACCAAAACCAUCGACCAUGUCGGAAGCGGUUGGUGGAAUCUGAUGACCAUCUAUGACAAGUUUACAUGGCUGUUCAUUCUUUUAUCUAUCCUCUUGGAAUCCACCUUUAUCUACCUAAUAAGCAAGUGCGAGCAACGAUUGGGCCUAGAUACCUCUAUAAGUGCGACAAAUGUAUGUCCGUAAUACAAUCUCCGAUACAUUCUAUUUCUUCUAGAUCAUCUGGAAGAUGUUCCGAAUUCAGUUAUACCAAUCAGAAUCGACCAGAUUCAAACUCUCCUCAGGCAAUCUUUCCAUCACACUGUUUGCUCUAUUACAUGGCCCAAUUAUGUUGGGGAUAUAUUCGUCCAGUUGUUUGGCCGCCUUAAUGCGGACUCCGGAUCAGCGGACACUUCAGAGCGAACACUACAUUUUUGAGAAUCUCCGGAAAGGAAGAAAGAAACUGGUUUCGUGGGGCCCGAUGGAGAACUUCAGAGAGCAGAUCUUUAAUCACAGCGAACAAAAGUUCCUGGAUUUACAGCGAGCUGUUGGCGAUAAUGGGUUGGAAACGCAUUUAACAUUCCAUGGUUGGUUUAUUUCAAAAACAUAAUUUUUUGGAAAUUUUGAUCGAUUAAUUUCGAAACGAUUAGCAAAAUAAAUCUUCAGGUCAAGAUCGUACCUUAUACAGUAUUUGUUAGGCUUCCAUACUACAAAAACUGCCUAUAAUAAACAAUUACGAAUGUCCCAAAAGCCAAUUUUAUCCCAAAAAUAACCCUUUCUAUAACAGUUAUAUAUUGCUUGCCCUUGAAAGGUUAUGAGUUAUUACUUAUAAGUUUAUUGCAAUUUCAAUAACUUCUUAAAAAGAUGUGUAUAAUAAUGAUGCCUAUAAAGGGUCGAUUAUAUAAUUACACUAUACAGUAAGAUAUAUGAAGGGGAAACAAUAUAUAUAUAAUAAGACAAUUACUGGGCCUACUCCAGACGGAGGGGCGCGUCGGUUCUCCCGAACCUCCUCCCUCCUUGACUCCCAAAUCAACUAACUAAUUCUUAUCAAGGGUACCUACGACCCUUUCGAGUCGGGGCGUAUCUAUGAUGUGUCGCGCUGCUAUUGGGCACAUAUAACUCCUUUCAUAUUUUUCCGUUAGGAUGCCUCCGGCAUCCUGCAUUAAAUUUUAGAUACUGCUUUUACAAGAAGCUCUAGAAAUUUGGUCUACUUUGUCAGGUUAGACCUGAGAAGUAGUGUUGGUUAUAAAUGUGAUCGGAAAUCAAUCUAGCGGAGAUGUCUAGGACUCAGGUUAAGACAGGAUUUUUUUCUAACAGUGGAAGACAUUAAAGCUUUCAAUGUAUUAUAUAAUCGAAAAACUUCUUGGCAUUGAGCUUGGGCGUAUGCAUCUGGAACUUUAUCCUCUCAGGUCGUUGUUUGGAUUUGUCGCGUUUGGUGACAGUCGGUAUUGACAUCAUGGCUUUUCCUGGGCAGGUGAAUGAUGUUGACAAUUUUUGGGUAGAAAGAUACCAUCCAUUCACAUUUUUUUCGAUCUCAUGUUGUUUCGGACCAUGCCAGACGGGAAUGGGACCCUUCCGUUGCAAUGACCAUAGCAGAUACCCAGGGUGUACCAUCAGCUUGUUCGAUGAUGUCGAACUUUACCAUUUUGCCUAUGCGUUCUAGAAGCUGCUGUCGAUAUUUUGAUGUAUCUGGCAGGGCUCUGUGUAAAUUAUCGCAAUUCCUAGUCGUAGGCUAUCCCGUGAGAAAAUAUCUUCAUACUCGCUGAUCAAAUUUUAUAAAUUGAUGACGUUAUCAAUUAUCAGCUAGAAGAGAUUCUUCGGCUUUGGUGAGAUUGAAACUAUCACUUUAGAUAAGGUAUUUAACAUUUCCUCGUCUAUGGGUUCUAAAAAUUCCUUGUGUAAUACUAGGAUGUAUCUGAACGGCCUCUGGUGCUAAACUGUCACUAUAAAUUUCAGAUUGAGCUAACCUUUAAAAUACCGUGUCUUUCUGUGCUCUUAGUCGGGCAGGAAAGUGGUUUUGACUUAUUUAUAAUUUCUGGGGCAAAAAUUUUGUAUGCUCCCUGGUCUGUGUGGAAGCUCAUGGCGGGAAAUGCUUGAUCACCUAAGGUGAUGAGCUUCUUAUCCUGGUCUAGGUAGAGUGUGAAAAAAAUUUUUUUUUUCUGAAACGUCAUUUCCUAAUGAGAUAGUGUGUCCACAAUCAUCAAAAGGAGUAUAAGAAAAUAAAGCAAACUACAAAAUUGACUACUACUAUUAUAAUCAUCCACGUAUAAUUUCGCGAGGUUUAUACGAAGUUAAGAAAUAAUAACAGUGCCAUAAAAUGAGUUGAAUUGGCAGGAAUUCGGGUACGGAUGAUCGGGAGAUCGAGAGUAAAGGUAGCGUUUUGGCUCAAGAAUCGUUGGCUACAACGGUUGAUAAGAUAAGUUUGGCCGAACUUUCUAAUCAAGUUGAUAGCGGCGAUAUACGUAUACGAAAAGAAACUGGUCUCGGUCGCAUCGAGACGGUCGUAAAGAUAUGGGGGUCGCGGCGUGCCAGGUGCAGUGCAACUACAGUACGUAGCCGUCAGCCUUUUCGAGCGGUGCAUUACUAAGACGCUAAUAAUCCAUAAUUGCGUGGCAACGGUAGCGCAUAAUGCUUAACCUACUCUAGAACAGUGUUCGGGGGCCCACACAUUUUACCUCGCAGAGACUCAUGCUCUUCAACCUAUAACAGACCUAUGAAACGCACAGAAAGGUAGACCACUUUACGGUACUUAGCAGUCGUAUUCACGGACGGCGCCCAUACACCGUCACUUAGUCUAGCUAUAGGUAUCCCGAUCCUAAGCAAGGGGGCACUACUAACUGGGGCGGAUGAACGCGACUCGCUGCUACCAGUUAUAUAUUGCUUGCCCUUGAAAGGUUAUGAGUUAUUACUUAUAAGUUUAUUGCAAUUUCAAUAACUUCUUAAAAAGAUGUGUAUAAUAAUGAUGCCUAUAAAGGGUCGAUUAUAUAAUUACACUAUACAGUAAGAUAUAUGAAGGGGAAACAAUAUAUAUAUAAUAAGACAAUUACUGGGCCUACUCCAGACGGAGGGGCGCGUCGGUUCUCCCGAACCUCCUCCCUCCUUGACUCCCAAAUCAACUAACUAAUUCUUAUCAAGGGUACCUACGACCCUUUCGAGUCGGGGCGUAUCUAUGAUGUGUCGCGCUGCUAUUGGGCACAUAUAACUUAACGAAACUUAACAAAGAGAUUUCGUCCUUACUCCCUUAGAGUGUACGAUCUUAAAAUUUCCUAAUACGGAUAAAAGUUAAUCAUAAAAAUCUAAUUUUUGACUUCAGCGAUUCUCGACUCUUUCAACCACCACCACAACUACGUGUACGACUACAAAAACACGGGUAUUGGCCUCAAACUGCUCGAAUCUUGCGAUACCAAUGUUGCCCACAUUUAUUUGCCCCCUGUCACCCGCCAUUUGAUGCUUACGAAAAAUAGUCCACACACAAAAGCGAUAAAUGAAGCGAUAGAGCAAAACCACGCAAAAAUCAUAUCAAUCUAUCGGAGUUACAUUAGCCGCAUGUCAUCAACCGUUUGUAAAUCCUACAGAAUUGGAGAUCCACUCAGUAAGUUGACGACGACUUUUGAUGACUCUGAAAUUUCAGAGCUAAGUUUCUACUACGGAGUUCUUCUGGUCUGCUCUGGCAUCCUCACAGUUUCACUUGGCCUGCUGCUUUUGGAAAGGCUUCAUUUCAAAUUUAAACGUCUGAAUAGGGCGAUUCAGAGCAUUUGUGAAUGA